CUAUUAGUAGCAAAUGUGUGUAGAGGGCAACAGACAGAAAAAUCAGGAGCUAUGAAGCUGCUGCCAGAAAAUAUCAAAGUGCUUUAUUUUGCCAGUGAUUGUGUGGAGCCAUAUGUGAAGAUUAUCACGGUGAAGGACUUCAGAUACUGCCCGAGUCUGUGCAACUCAGAGGACUCUGAGGCAGAGGAGCCUGAGUACCAGGAGGAAGGUGACAAUGAUGUCCUUGUACUGAGUGACCACAGCCAGCUGCUGGAAGAGCACCACCUGCAGCAACUUGCUACUCACAUGCCAGCAAGGACCCAGGGUUAUUCAUGGCAACUGAUCUACAGCACCGGUGUCCAUGGGAGUAGCCUGAAGACACUAUACAGGAAUAUGGCUGAUCUGGACAGUCCUGUGCUGCUGGUCAUCAAAGACAAGCACAAAAAGGUGUUUGGGGCUUUUUCUUCCGAUUCAUUCAGGGUCAGUAAAUACUGCUAUGGUACAGGGGAAACCUUCCUGUUCAGCUUCAGCCCUGACUUUCAGGCAUACAGGUGGAGCGGUCAGAACACAUACUUUGUGAAUGGCAACUUGGAAUCACUGCAAAUUGGUGGAGGAGGAGGUGUCUUUGCACUCUGGCUGGAUUCCGAUCUGUACCAUGGUGCAAGCUUUCCCUGUCCCACCUUCAACAAUGCACCUCUGUCUACACAGGAAGACUUUAUUGUCCAAGACCUGGAGGUCUGGACUGUGGGGAACUGAGGGAGAGUGUACAAGUUAAAAACCCACUGUCCUGUCUGGAGUUACAGAACUUCAAGACUUCACAGAUUACACGUGGCUUAGACGCUGCUAUACAGAAGCUAGCUGAGCAGUCACUGCUGUAUCAACUGUGUACCUGGCUGAGAGUAGCCCAGACACAGUAUGAAGUCUACGCCAGUGGUUGUCAGGCUGAACUUUACACUGGUUUGAUCAAUGCCUUUGAAAGAGAAGGGGCUAGAUGAAAUUUUGUGGUUCAGAGUCUUGCUGCUUUUAAACCAUUCAUCAGUAGCCUCGUGCUAAACCCACCAGGUAACUGGCAUCUGAAGCUUUAAGCCCUUCAUGCCCUCCUUUAAUAAUGGAGAGCAUUAUAAUAGAAAGUUCACAGUAACACUGUUGCAUAAAAGGGUUUCUAAUUACUGCAAGCACA